AAUUGACCUUAGAAAACAAUGAAGUUGGAAGAACCGGGAUUGUUUCGAGAAUGGGAGAGUAGGGAGGUGUGUGGGGCGGAUGUGGUAGGUGCUGAGGAACGGCGGCAGAGGCUGUGCGUGUUUACGGGCAAGGGUGGCGACGAGGGCACGCUGCAGCUCAGCGAAGGUGGUGCACAACUGAAAUCCUGGCCGCUAAACUCCGUGCGCUUGAUUGCUGAUUUGCCAGAUGGCACACUAAGCAUAGAGGUGGGUACAGAGACAUUGACAUGGCGAUGCACUGACGAGAACGCACGUCGCUCGCUGGCCCGGGCGUUGAACAAUGCCCCACUAGGUGAGGCGGCACUGGCAGCGCUGCUGGACGAUGAGGAGGCAGAGGAGGCGGAUGCGGAGCAGUGGGUGCGGCGGUUGGGCGAGCGCCUGGCGCGUCUCGACGCUCUCAACGUGGCCGGCAUGCUGGCCGCCGCCACUGAAGGGGGUGGUGCAAGACUUGCUGAAAGGCUCGAGGCAGGUGGGGAGGCGGGCGCGCAGCUGGGCACGCGUUUGUCCAAGUACGAGGCAGCAGCGCGUGCGGCGCGCGGGCCAGCGGCACGCACGGACGCGGCGCGCGCAGACGCCGCCUCACGCGCGCUACUGGCACACCUGCAGCAGAUUUACCACUGGCUGGAUGCGCCACCGCUGAAAGACCUUGAUUCACUCUCCGAGAUAUCGCUUGCGACGCCGGAGGGUCGGGCUCGGGCUCUAGAAGCGGCGGAGGCGCUCCGCACGGCCCUCCGGGGCGGGCCGGAGGGCGUCAGCGGUGCAAGCGAGGCGGCAAUGCGGCGGCUGGGCGCAGUGCGGGACCGGUUGCGGCGGCUGGGCCGAGCGCGCGACCAGCUGGCGGCCGCGCUGGCCCGCCACCUCAACAACGCGCUCAUUCACCUCGGCAACGCGGCGCAGGAGCCCGCGCCCGCAGCACACCGCGCGCAUCACGCCGACCUGCUGCCCUACGCGCCCUUCAUGCGAUGGCUCAAGGACAUGGACGAGAAGGCAUAUGAUGGACUUGUUAAGGUGUACGUGGGCACGUGGGCGCGCGUGCACGAGCGCGCGGUACGUGCGGCGUGCGACAACGCGCGCAACGCGCUUGCCACCGCGCCGCCCGAGCGCGCCGAUGACAUUCUCGACGAGGUUCUAAACUUGGUGGAGGAGCUGUGCAAUGCGGAACAAGACUUCUGCACUCAAUUCUUUUAUCUAGAUGUUGACGUCAAGAGCGAGAGCAGCGACGGCGAGCGCAGCGAGAAGAGCGAGGGCGGGGAGCGCGGGGAGGUGGGGCGGCGCGGCGCGGGGGCGGGGGCGGGGGAGACGCGCCGCUUCAUGGCCGAGCUGUUCCCCACGCUGGAGACAGAGCUCGUCUCUCUCGUCGGACAUCUCGAGCGCAACGAGCCAUACGGCGCGAUGCGUGCGCUGGCGUGCGCGGGACGGCGCGUGCUGGGCGAGGGCGGUGCCGGGGGCGGAGGGUGCGGCGUGCUGGCCUUCGUGCACGACUUGGAGGCGAUGGCGGCCGUGUGCGAGGCGAUAUUCGCGCGCGGCGGCCGGCGCGCCGACCUCGAGCGCUGGUACCUCACGCUGGGCGGCGCCAUGGUGCGCACCAUACAGCGCGCUGACCAUCCUCGGACACCGCGCGCCGUCGUACAUAUGGAGAACUACCAUCGCCUGCACGCGGUGAUAUCAUCUCUGCGCGCGCCGGCUCUGGACGCGCUGCGGCGCGAGUGCAAGGCGCGCUACGCGGACGCUCUACGGACAUACGUGACGCAGUACUUCGGCCGCCCGCUAGACAAGCUCGCCCAGUUCUUUGAGGGCGUGGCGGAGGCGGUGGCGUCUGGUGUGCGCGAGGACGAGGUGUGUUACCGCGCGGCAUUCAGCAAGCACGAGCUGCGCCGUCUGCUGGCGAUGUACCCCGCACACGAAGUGCGCAAGUCCCUGCACCGGCUGUACCGCACGGUGGAGAAGCACGUGAGCGAGGAGGGUGGGCUGCUGCAGGUGGUGUGGCGCGCCAUGCAGGAGGAGUUCAUCGCCCAGCACGUCGCACUACAGGCGCGUAUUGCGGCCUGCUACCCGGGCGCCGGGCUGACGCUGCCGCUCAGCACGCAGGACAUCCUGGACGCAUUCUCAGACAUCGCAAGAGAACAUUGACAUGUUUAGUGCCACCGACUCAAUUAAAAUGGAAGGAGUAUUUAAAAUGUUAAAUGUGAAGACUAACCCAACAUGUUGAUGUGUGACACAACAUGUUAGGUUAUUAUCAUUGUAAAUAAUGUUAAUCAAAGUUAUCAAAAAUAUUUAUCAACUUAUUUCUCGAUUUAAGUU